AUGGUUACAAAGGCGGUCCAUAUCGAGUUGGCAGUGGACCUAUCAACUCAAGCUUUCAUCAACGUGCUGAAGCGUUUCGUGGCCAGACGUGGAGUCCCUACCCAAAUACACUCCGAUAACGCCACAAACUUCAUCGGGGCGAACUCGGCACUGCAUGAACUAUACGUCUUGUUCAAUCAACGGGAUAUGAAGCAGGCGCUCAGUGACUACUGUCUACCUCAAGAACUAAAAUGGCACUUUAUUCUGGUGCGGUCUCCCGAGCUCGGUGGCGUUUGGGAAGCUGGUAUCAAAUCAACCAAGCGUCACAUAAAACGAGUUGUCGGCGAUGGAAGGUUUACCUACGAUGAGUGGAACACCUUGGUUGCCCAGAUUGAAGCCAUCCUCAAUUCGAAACCGCUUGUUCCUCAAUCAGCUGACCCUAAUGACCUGAAGGCGAUAACACUUGGGCAUAUUCUCAUAGGCCGAGAGCUAACUGCCAUACGUGAGCCUGAAUCAGACGACGUCAAGCUAAGUACACUGUCCAGAUAUCAAAUCAUUUAG